AUGACUUCUAUGAUCACUGCGGCCCAAUGGGUUCCUCGUGGAUUCGCAGCGCCUUUCCCUGAAAAAUACAAGUUCGAUGAAGCCGAGUUCGAGAGAAUCGCAGAGCUUGCGAAGCUGCAGCUUGAUGACGCCGAGGAGGACCUGAAGGAGGCGCAAGAAAAAGGUGCUGAGAAGGGGGAUGAGAAAGACGAAGAAGACGGAAUGCAGGUCGAUGAUGGCAAGCCAUCCGAGAAAAUCGACCUGAACGACGACGACCUCAAGGAAUAUAACCUUGAUAACUACGAUGAUGAAGAUGACGGCCCCGUUGGAAAAGGCGAGCCUCUAUCUAUCUUUGGAAACGUCAAGAAUCUGGCCUACUACGAGUCAAAUCAGGACGACCCCUAUAUCACCCUGAAGGGCGAGGAGGACGAGGAUGAAGAAGGCGACGACCUCCAGAUUCUCGCUACGGAUAACCUUCUUCUGGCUGCUAAAGUUGAGGACGAGCUGGCACAUCUCGAGGUCUACGUCUAUGAGGAUGCGCAAGACAAUCUCUACGUGCACCAUGACAUUAUGCUGCCCGCAAUCCCGUUGGCUGUAGAAUGGUUGGACCUGCCCGUCAACAAGCCCGGCACGGACAAGGACUCACGAGGAAACUUUGUCGCCAUUGGCACGAUGGACCCCGACAUUGAGAUCUGGGAUCUGGACACAAUCGAUUGCAUGUAUCCCAAUGCCAUUCUGGGCCAGAAGAAGAACGCAGGCGAGAAGCCCAAGAAGAAGAAGAAGAAGGCCAACCGGGCCAACGAUGAGUACCACGUCGAUGCUGUUCUAUCGCUUGCCGCCAACAGGCAGCAUCGAAACCUUCUUGCCUCUGCCUCGGCCGACAAGACGGUGAAACUGUGGGAUCUUAACACGGCCACAUGCGCCAAAUCCUACUCCUACCACACGGACAAGGUCUGCUCUCUGGCUUGGCACACCUCGGAACCGACAGUCCUCCUCAGCGGUAGUUAUGACCGUACGGUCAUUGCCGCAGAUAUGAGAGCCCCGGAUGCCAAGGCCCCUCGAUGGGGAGUUGAAAGUGACGUUGAGAAUGUACGUUGGGAUCCUCAUGACCAGAACUACUUCUACGUCUCAACGGAGAACGGCAUGAUCCAUUACCACGAUGUGCGCAACGCCCCUGCUACCCCAGAAGCUACGAAAUCGAUCUGGUCACUCCAGGCCCACGAUGAAUCAAUCUCCUCGUUCGAUAUCAACCCAUCCGUACCUGGUUUCAUUGCAACUGGAUCUUCGGAUCGAACCGUCAAGCUAUGGAAUAUCCAGGCCAGCGGUCCUUCUAUGGUUGUUUCACGCAAUCUGGACGUGGGCAAGGUUUUUGCUACCACCUUUGCGCCCGACCCUGAGGUGGCGUUCAGACUCGCCGUGGCAGGAAGUCACGGAAGCAUGCAUGUAUGGGACACCAGCACCAAUGCGGCAGUCAGACAGGCGUUCGCAAACAAGGUGCCAGAGAAGAAGAGCGACAAGGAUGUGGAGGAUCGAUUGAUCGGGGUGGAUGCGGAUGAAAGCAGCAGCGACAGCGAGGAGGGAGGUGACGAUGACGGGGAUAGUGAUGAUAAUGAAGAGGUGGAUGGACAUUCAAUGGACGAAGAUUAA